CUGUCCUGGGCGUGAGUCCGGAAGUGGCCGUGACCCGGCCCUCACUGCGCGCGCGCGCUCGCUCGUAAACCUGUGUAAACCUACAUCGCGCUGGCGUUGACAGCCGGACGGCAGCUCGCCCCGGUGGGUGCCCCUCCCGUGCCCACCUCCCCCACAGAGCUGCCAGAGCCGCGCCCGCCUUCUCGGGGCUGGGACCGCACCCACUUCUUUCAGGGAAGCUGACUCCAUCUCAUGUCUUCAAUCUCAGCAGAACCGUCCCUCCCAAGCCUGGAAGCCACAUGCCCUCAUGCCCUUGUUGGCCCCAUCUGAUCACAGCAACUUACAGGUGGAGGACUCAGCCUAGAGCCCUUGCAUUGCCAGGAGCUGAGAGAGGCGUGUACUGCCCGUAGCCAGGAGUGACUGCGCAGACACAGCCAGCCUGCCCUACUGCCUUCCUAUUCCAGGACUUUUCUGGCUCCUUCGCUUUCCAGCUCAAUGGUUUUCCUCUAAUUGGACAGUACCUUCCUUUGCCUGCCAAGCCUGGCUUGGGCAAAUCCUUGAGUUUGGUGAACAACCUCAUUGCCCCCAGCUGCCGUCUUUUCAGCCAUGGAACCCCAUCAUCCUGAGCAUCUGGCCCCUGAUGAGGCUAGGACAGCAGAAGCAGUCACCCCCACAAACCCGGAGGUGCUGCCGGGGCCAGAUGAGCACUGUCAGGACGCAGAUGCCAAGGAGGCUGAGAGGGCAGCUGGAGAAAAGGAACCAGCAGAGCAGGCUUUGCCACCUGCCCAGGGCGAGGAUAAUCUGGAGUCCCCCCCACCUGAGGAUAGCUCCAGUCAACCUGGGCCAGCCCAUGAGACCUCACUUGAGAUAGAGACAAUAGGGGCGUGCUCCAGGCCCCAGGAGCUCCCCCCACCCCCCAGAACCCGACAGCCUGAGCUCGAUUUCUACUGUGUAAAGUGGAUCCCCUGGAAGGGAGAACGGACGCCCAUCAUCACCCAGAGCACCAACGGCCCUUGCCCUCUCCUGGCCAUCAUGAACAUCCUGUUUCUGCAAUGGAAGGUGAAGCUGCCUCCGCAGAAGGAAGUGAUCACCUCAGAAGAGCUCAUGGCCCACCUUGGAAACUGCCUCCUGUCCAUCAAGCCCCAGGAGAAGUCAGAGGGACUUCAGCUUAAUUUUCAGCAGAAUGUGGACGAUGCAAUGACCGUGCUGCCCCGACUGGCCACAGGUCUGGAUGUCAAUGUGCGGUUCACGGGCGUCUCUGAUUUUGAGUACACGCCUGAGUGCAGUGUCUUUGACCUACUGGGCAUCCCUCUGUACCAUGGCUGGCUGGUUGAUCCACAGAGCCCUGAAGCUGUGAGUGCAGUUGGGAAACUGAGUUACAACCAGCUGGUAGAGAAAGUCAUCACCUGCAAACACUCCAGCGACCCCAACCUGGUGACAGAAGGCCUGAUCGCCGAGCAGUUCUUGGAGGCCACGGCAGCCCAGCUGACGUACCAUGGACUGUGUGAGCUCACGGCAGCGGCCAAGGAGGGCGAGCUCAGUGUCUUUUUCCGAAACAACCACUUCAGCACUAUGACCAAGCACAAGAGUCACUUGUACCUAUUAGUCACCGACCAGGGCUUCCUACAGGAAGAGCAGGUGGUUUGGGAGAGCCUGCACAACGUGGACGGCGACAGCUGCUUUUGUGACUCGGAGUUCCACCUAAGUCACUCCCUGGGCAAGGGGUCCGGAGCAGGAGGUGGGAGCGGCUCCCCAGAGAAGCAGCUGCAGGUGGAUCAGGACUACUUGAUUGCCCUGUCCCUCCAGCAGCAGCAGCCGGCGCCGCAAGGCACGCUGGGCCUCAGCGACUUGGAGCUGGCCCAGCAGCUUCAGCAAGAGGAGUAUCAGCAGCAGCAGGGGGUUCAGUCCCCGCAGCCUCGGACCCCCCUCCCACAGGGCAGAGGAGCCGCGUCGGGCCGGCCAGCUGGGGAGCGGCGGCAGAGGCCCAAGCACGAGUCGGACUGUGUGGUGCUGUAGCUCUACCCGCGGCGUGCAGCUGAGCCACCCCUGCCUCUCGGGGCGAUGGCUCCCAGGCUCACUCUCGGACCUCAGCCGCUGGACCCGCUUCAGGCUAACUUAUUUAUGCACCGCGGGCGUCCCAGCAAGCGGUGAAUGCCAAGGUCAGGCACACUCACAUCCUUGCCCUCACAUGCUGCCACCUUCUCUUCCUCCCGUCCAGGGCAACACCGGGGUGGGUGGGGUGAGGACUUCUGGUUCCCACCUGCCUUGCCCAGAACACUCACACAGAUAUGCAGACUCAGGCCCCCUGUCUGGAACCCAUCCCCCCUACCUCUGCUCCCUGACUUCCCGGGGCACUCCUGGCUCCCCAGCAGGCCUGUCUGUUUCAGGGUCUGGUUUGGGUUUCUAAGUCCCUUGUUUGUAAUGCCUUCCUAGGGGUUGGGGAAUAAAACUUCUUUGCUG